CAUCUAUACGCGGUAGCGCUCUCCGCCACCUUCUAGGGAAGGAAAAAUCCGGAACCGUCUGGAAUUUACUAAAAUCCUCCAUAAGAAGAAACUCCCACCGGUGCUCAGGGAACUCUUGAUUUAUUACUGUUGAAUUCAUCUGCUUGAGAAAGCGAAAACAGAGAUUCGUUUAGCACUGUAACAAUGGCUAAAGACGGACCCAACUGGGAUGGAUUGCUGAAAUGGAGCAUUGCUCACUCUGACGGAACUCGACCCACUCGUAAUUUAAGUGAGGAGGAUAGAAGAUGGUUUAUGGAAGCAAUGCAAUCGCAAAGCGUUGAUGUGAUUAAGCGAAUGAAAGAGAUAACUUUGGUUAUGCAAACUCCAGAGCAAGUCUUGGAAGCUCAAGGAGUUACUUCUGCUGAUAUUGAAGAUAUGUUGGAUGAGUUACAGGAACAUGUAGAGUCCAUUGACAUGGCCAAUGAUCUUCACUCGAUUGGUGGUUUGGUCCCUCUUCUUGGUUAUCUGAAGAAUUCACAUGCCAACAUCCGAGCAAAAGCUGCAGAAGUUAUAUCCACUAUUGUACAGAAUAAUCCCCGGAGUCAACAGUUGGUUAUGGAGGCAAAUGGCUUAGAGCCUCUCCUUUCUAAUUUUACUUGUGACCCUGAUGUAACUGUUCGAACCAAAGCACUUGGUGCAAUAUCUUCUUUGAUCCGCCACAAUAAACCUGGUAUUGCAGCAUUUCGACUUGCAAAUGGUUAUGCAGCCUUGAGAGAUGCUUUAGGAACUGAGAGUGUGAGAUUUCAAAGGAAAGCCUUAAACUUGAUUCAGUAUCUACUGAAUGAAAAUAGUUCAGAUUGCAGUGCUGUAAGUGAGCUAGGAUUUCCCCGCAUAAUGCUGCAUCUUGCCUCAAGUGAGGAUGCAGAAGUAAGAGAAGCUGCCCUCCGCGGCCUUCUUGAGCUUGCUAGGGACAAGACAGGAGGGAACAAUGGUGGAUUAGGUGAAGACGAUGAGAAGCUGAAGCAACUUCUUGAAGAAAGAAUUAAAAGUAUCAGCGUGAUGUCUCCUGAAGAUCUUGGGGCUGCUAGGGAGGAGAGGCAGCUUGUGGACUCCCUUUGGAGUACAUGCUAUAAGGAGCCCUCUUCUCUUCGAGAAAAGGGACUUCUUGCUCUUCCUGAUGUAGAUGCACCUCCACCUGAUGUUGCCAGCAAGCAUUUUGAACCUCCUCUCAGAGGUUGGGCUGCAAAUCGUGCUGGUGAUUCUAAGUCCAGUGCGGAAAAGCAAGAGACUCCUCUAUUGUUAGGACCAAGCCCUCCAACUGAUGGUGCCAAUAUUUAAGGUACCACAAGUCAAGAAGCUGAAGCUGAAAGGCAGGCAAAUCCUCAUAGAAAGCCGUAGAAUAGUUAUUAUGUGCCUAAUAAAAUUAGCACUAGAAUUUGGUUGUUUUCCUAUAUUUUUCACCUUGAAUUGUAUUUUCUUGUAAUUUUUUUUGCUUAUUCACUGUAUCAUAAUAUCUGAAUUUAAUAUAUGAUUGCCGCUGGGUAAAUCUUCUCCACUGGCUUCUUGGAUAAAUUCUAUAGAGAUGUAAAUGGUUUUGCUUAUCUAUUGUGUUAACUGCAUCCCAAAUUUGUGGAUU